UUUUUCAAUGAAAAGAAAAAAAAAAUUCAUUGGGUCAAUUGGGUGAAUGCUAACAUGGGCUUAGUUUCAAAACCUUAGGGCAAAAUUGAACCCAAAUGAAGUUCAAAGCCUCAAAUCCAACACAACCGAUUUCAAUCUUCAAUCUUAAUUAUAAAAAAAAAAAAAAAAUAUUCAAUCAAAAUUCCUAAAACCCCAAAAUCCGAUUGAAAACCCCAUUUGUAAAUCCCAUCAAAAAUCGGGCAAAAAUGGCGAUGAAGCAGUUAUGCAGCUCAAUUGCGAGAAGAAUAAUGUCAACCCAUCAAAUUCCAGCUUCCCCAAUUUCUUCAUAUUCAUCAAUGGCGUCUUCUUCAUCAAUACCAGAGGCAAUAGUGUGCGGAAGAGGUGACAAGAAGACGAAGAGAGGAAAGAGAUUCAAGGGUUCUUAUGGUAAUUCCAGACCCAAGAAGAAAGAUAUGAUUCAGAGGUUUAAAGACAAACUUGAAGUUCCCAGUAACACUCCUUGGCCUCUUCCUUUCAAAGUUAUCUAAUUUUGUUAUUUUUCAUGUUAGUUCAGCUGAUAUUUGCUGAUUAUAGAUGUUGAUUUAAUAAUAUGUUACUAUGUUUGAAUUUGGGUUGUUGUGAAUUUUUUUUAUUUUGGAUCAAUGGUGAUGAAUUUUUGUGCUUGGUAUUUAAAAUACAGGUAUUUAUGUUAUGAUAUGGUAGUUGUUAAUGUGAGUUUGUUUGGUUUUA